AUGUCAGGCAACGACACUUACCAGACUCCGCUUGCUUCGCGCUAUGCAAGCACCGAGAUGAAGACGAUCUUUAGCGCAAGAACCAGGGCUUCGACUUGGAGACAGUUGUGGAUUUGGCUUGCCGAGGGCGAGAAGGAGUUAGGGAUCGAUAUUAGCGAUGAGGCAAUUCGGCAGAUGAAGGAGCAUGUCGUGAUGACGGAUGAAGAUUUCAAAGUUGCUGCAGAGGAAGAGCGAAAGAGGAGACACGACGUCAUGGCUCAUGUGUAUGCCUUUGGUCAGGUGGCACCUGCAGCUGCCGGCAUUAUCCACUAUGGUGCAACCUCCUGCUAUUGUACCGACAAUGCGGACCUCAUCUUCCAGAGAGAUGCGCUUGACCUCUUGUUGCCAAAGCUAGCCAUAAUCAUUCACAAGCUGUCGAAAUUUGCACUUGAAUGGAAGGAUACUCCUACGCUGGGUUACACGCACUUUCAACCAGCUCAAUUGAUUACCGUGGGCCGUAGAGUUGCACAAUGGAUCGCGGACUUACUUAUGGACCUGGACGAUAUUAGCAAGGUUCGGGCAGACAUCCGAUACCGAGGCGCUCAAGGAACCACAGGUACCCAGGCCAGCUUCCUGGAGAUUUUCGAGGGCGAUGGGGCAAAGGUCGAUAAGCUCAACGAAAUUCUCUGCGAGAAAGCCGGCUUCCCUAGCUGCUACCCAAUUUCUACCCAGACGUAUACAAGAAAGGUGGAUCUAAGAAUUGCUAAUGCGCUUUCCGCGUUUGGCGCUACUGUCCAAAAGAUCUCGAGUGACAUCCGACAUUUGGCCCAUCUUAAAGAAAUAGAGGAACCUUUUGAGAAAGACCAGAUCGGAUCUAGUGCAAUGGCGUACAAGCGCAAUCCGAUGCGGUCUGAGAGAAUUGCUGGUCUCGGCAGACACCUCUCCAACCUUAACAAGAAUGCCAACGACACUUACGCUGCUCAGUGGUUUGAGCGUACGCUUGAUGACUCGGCCAUCCGACGAAUUACUAUUCCUGAGAUGUUUCUCUCCGCAGACGCUAUCUGCAUGACUCUGGACAAUGUUGUCUCUGGGCUCGUUGUCUACCCUCAACGCAUCCAUUCCCGCCUUAUGGAGGAGUUGCCAUUCAUGGCGACUGAAGUUAUCAUCAUGAGACUGGUUGCCUUAGGAAGAAGCAGACAGGACGCCCAUGAGGAAAUUCGUGUUCUCUCUCACCAAGCCUCCGACGUAGUGAAGAAGGAAGGUGGAAAAAACGACCUUAUCGAGAGGAUUAAGAAGACAGAAUUCUUCUCCCCAAUCUGGGCCGAUCUCGACAACCUUUUAGACCCGAAGAACUUUAUUGGAAGAUGUCCGGAGCAAGUCCAGCGAUUUGCCGGUCCAGGCGGAGAAGUUGAAGCUGCUCUCAAACCUUUCCGCAAGCAUAUCGAAUCUAGCAAGGCCGUAGAGCUCUCUGUUUAAGAAAGAGCUAUCAAUAUUAUAGUCCUUGGCCAAUAGAUAGCUUGGAUUUCUUACUGGAUAGCGCAAUGGGUGGUGUUAUUGGCGUUUCUACGCGCUGCUUUUAUUUGAUGCAUUACAUCACAAAAAGUUACGAAAAGUACUUCAUUCUUGUUGCCUUGCCGGUUUCAAAGUGGACUCCGUGAUCUGAUCCUUAGUAUUGAAUUCCCUGGAUCUAGAGUUUUGAAGAUGGUCAACGACAACUGCAAGAAGAGCAAGAAGCUCGAGAUAUUUGUCUGAACACUUGUUAAUGAUGAAUUAAUUUCCU